ACUUGAAUUUUCUUGUGUGUUUUUCAGUGAAUAUCAAUUAGGGUUAGAUCGGAUCUGAAGAGGGGUUCGUGUGUUUGAGCAGAGAAAAUGCAAAGAAAGUUCAUGGAGAAAAGGGGAUUAGAUCCCAGUGGUAGUGAAGAAGGUCAACCUGAUAAGAAAAGACCAGCUCUUGCUAGUGUAAUUGUUGAAGCUCUCAAGGUGGAUAGUUUGCAGAAACUUUGUUCGUCGUUGGAGCCUAUUCUUCGAAGAGUUGUUAGUGAAGAAGUGGAGCGCGCCUUGGCAAAGCUGGGACCAUCGAAACUUAAUGGAAGGAUUUCUCCUAAGCGAAUAGAAGGUCCUGAUGGAAGAGACUUGCAGCUACGAUUCCGGUCCAAAUUGUCGCUCCCUCUUUUUACAGGAGGAAAAGUAGAAGGGGAGAGAGGUGCCGCAAUACACGUCGUGUUGAUCGAUGCCAACACGGGUCAUGUUGUAACAUCCGGUCCGGAAUCCUCCGUAAAACUAGAUGUGGUUGUUCUUGAAGGUGAUUUCAAUAAUGAGGAUGAAGAAGGAUGGACUCAAGAAGAAUUUGAAACUCACAUGGUUAAAGAACGAGAAGGAAAACGACCACUUCUCUCUGGAGAGUUACAAGUGACAUUGAAGGAAGGUGUCGGGACUUUAGGCGAGUUGACCUUUACUGACAACUCUAGUUGGAUCCGUAGUAGGAAGUUCAGACUCGGGCUUAAGGUUGCCUCGGGAUACAGUGAAGGGGUUCACGUUCGUGAGGCAAAAACAGAUGCCUUCACCGUCAAAGACCACCGAGGAGAGCUGUACAAAAAACAUUAUCCGCCUGCUCUAAACGACGAGGUUUGGAGGUUGGAGAAGAUUGGCAAAGAUGGAUCUUUUCACAAGAAGCUUAACAAAGCAGGCAUAUAUAGUGUUGAAGAUUUUCUUCGCCUCGUGGUGAGAGAUCCAAAAAAGCUACGAAAUGUACUGGGGAGUGGCAUGUCAAAUAAGAUGUGGGAUGUUCUUGUGGAGCAUGCAAAGACUUGUAUAUUGAGUCACAAACUUUAUGUUUACUAUUCGGAUGAUGUGCGAAAUGUUGGUGUUGUUUUCAACCACAUCUAUGAAUUAAGCGGUUUAGUUGCCGAUGGACAUUACUACUCAACAGAUGCCCUUUCUGAUAAUCAAAAGGUGUUUGUAGAUGCGCUGAUGAAGAAGGCAUACGAAAAUUGGAUGCAUGUCGUAGAAUAUGAUGGAAAAUCAUUUUUAGGGGCUCAUCAAGAAAAAGUGGCUGCUCCACAAAUUGAUAUGGGAAUGAGCCAACAAAACUAUUCAAACUCGUUUGAUCAUCAACUCAGUCUACCACCUCCAGCCCCUCGAGAACAACCUGCUUCAAACCAAGGCUUCACCAUUGGAGGUUAUGAUAGUAAUGUUACAACCAGAUACCCUGCGGAAUCACCGAACAUGAAUCUGAAUGUACCUACUCAAUUCGAUGCAACUUCAUUCACACUUCACAAUCCCUUGAUCAACGCUUCUCAACAGCCUCCUAGGAAUGAUAACAACAUCCUGGCCCUUGGAUUAACACAACCAUCCACACCCAGUUUUCUUUCUGGCAACACCAACACCAACACCUUGAAUUUGAGUGCUUCAUUUAGAGGUCUCGAAGACUUCUUUCCUGAAGAAGAAAUCCGUAUGAGAAGCCACGAAAUGCUUGAAAAUGAGGAUAUGCAGCAUUUGCUUCGCUUAUUCAACAUGGGCAGUGGUGGGGCCCAUGGUCAAACCUCCACUAGUCAUGUUAACGAAAAUCACUACCCGUAUUCAUCGAAUUAUAUGCCAAAUACACCUUCGAGUUUUGGGUAUGGAUUUGAUGUGGAUAAAACUCGUUCUUCUGGGAAAGCGGUGGUCGGGUGGCUUAAACUUAAAGCGGCAUUGAGAUGGGGCAUCUUUAUAAGGAAACAAGCAGCUGAACGAAGGGCACAAAUAGUUGAAUUGGAAGACCCAUAACUGCGAUGAUUUCAUUUUAAGGUAACCCCAUAUUGUUUUUAUCAUUUCAAGGCUUCUUUGUUGCUUAAAUAUGAAAGAUUCAAGUGGUAUUCGGUUCAGAUGAGACAUAAAGAAGCCUUGCUAUCGUGUAUAGUGCUAGAACUUUAUCUGCAGCCGUUUCAAAUGCGAAAAAAAUCGGGUUUUCGGUUGUUUUGAGGCCAACAAUCGGGCUUGGAAGUGUGGGAGUUGCGGGUUAGGAAUGAUGUUUGUUGUAUGAUAAUUAUCACAGGGUAAGUUUUAUUAGCGAUUCGUGCCAAACGUUGGCUUGAUUUGACGAAGAUCACCGAAGCCCGGAAAAGCCGAGCUUUUGGACCUGAGGGUCGGGUUUUAGUUAUGUAGUGAUUGGUUCGUUGUAUCUUGUGAACGUUCUUAUUGUGUUUGUGUUGGUUCAGAUGUGACAGAACAACUUUUUGUUGUAUGUUAUGCUACAAUUUCUAAUGAUAGUAACAACUUUUUGGUGUU